UCUGUUUCUGGUUACCGAUUUAUAACAUCGAUUUUCAGCUCCUGCCUCCCAGACUGCCACAAAUCUUUGUCAUUUUUUCUUCCAUUUUCGCAUAAUACACUAGCAUCGCCGCCUUGAAAUAAUGAGGUAUGAAGCAAACAGCAUUGCCGCAGUUUGGGACGAAGAGAGCUAAUAUUUACGUUUCAUCUCUUUACCAUGUCGAAUCGGGAAAAGUAUACUUCAAUUCUGCAAACAAGCAUCCAAACCAGACGUCCUUUCGCUGUAAAACUAGCACACGCCGGCAUAAUCAAGUCCGGCCUCAACUUCGGAGUCAUCUUGAUGAACCGUGUCAUAAACGCAUACGCGAAAACUGGAUUUCUCUUCGAAGCCCGCAAAGUGUUCGAUGAAAUUCCCGUCAAGAAUGUGUCUACGCACAACACCCUCUUGUCAGCUUAUGCAAAACAGGGGAAGACCCGCCAAGCGCUCGAGAUAUUCGACGAAUUGCCGCAACCAGAUUCUGUUUCCUGGACCGCUCUGAUCGUUGGGUACAAUCAAAAGGGGCGUUUCGGUGCUGCUCUCGCAAUGUUUAUGGAGAUGAUCAACCGUGGCUCGGUACCCACGGAGUAUACAUUCACUAAUAUUCUCGCGUCGUGUGCAGUUGUUGAAGCGUUGGAUGUGGGAAGAAAGCUGCAUUCUUUUGUGGUUAAACUAGGCUUGUUCCGUGCGGUUUCUGUUGCCAAUUCUUUGCUUAAUAUGUAUGCAAAGUCAGGUGAUGCAGCAACAGCAGUGGCUGUGUUUGAGAGAAUUGAGCUGAGAAAUGUUUCGAGUUGGAAUGCUGUCAUCACAUUGUAUAUGCAGAGAGGUCAGGUGGAAGAGGCGUUGGCUCAAUUCGAGCAAAUGGAGGAACGUGAUGCGAUCUCUUGGAAUUCAAUGAUUGCAGGCUACAAUCAGCGAGGCUUUGAUGCCAAAGCUCUGGGAAUGUUUAGGGGAAUGCUCAACGAGUCUAGGCUGAAACCCGAUAAGUACACACUGGUGAGUGUGCUUUCGGCUUGUGGAAAUCUUCAAGCGUUAGCAUGUGGGAAGCAAAUUCAUGCUUAUAUUAUUAGAGCUGAGUUUGACACAUCUGGACCUGUUGGGAACGCGUUGGUGUGCAUGUACUCAAAAUGUGGCAGUGUUGGGUUAGCUAGGAAGAUGCUUGAGGCGUGUGGGACAUGUACUCUCAAUGUCAUCGCGUUUACAGCUUUAUUGGACGGAUACAUCAAGGCUGGAGACAUGAAUCCGGCUAGGGAGGUCUUUGAUUCCUUGCAAGAACGUGAUGUGGUGGCGUGGACAGCAAUGAUCGUGGGGUAUGCUCAAAACGGGAGCAACAAUGAGGCGACUAAGCUCUUUAAAUCAAUGUUUGAAGAAGGGAUUGUGCCUAAUAGCUACACCCUUGCAGCUAUGUUGAGUGUGAGUUCAAAUCUUGCUUCUUUAAACCACGGGGGGCAAAUCCACGCGGUUGCAAAGAAAUUGGGGGAAAUGUCAUCUGUUUCUGUGGGGAAUGCGUUGAUCAGCAUGUAUGCAAGGGCUGGCAACAUCACAUCUGCAAGAAAGGCAUUCAGAUUGAUACAACAAAUAAGAGAUCCAGUCUCGUGGACUUCAAUGAUCACCGGUUUAGCCCAACACGGGCAUGGUGAGGAGGCAUUGCAGCUCUUUGAGGAUAUGCUGUUGUUGGAGAUUAAACCGGACCAUAUAACCUAUGUUGGGGUGCUAUCAGCUUGCACGCACAUGGGAUUGGUCGAGAAAGGGCGUAGCUACUUCACAAAGAUGAUAGAUAUCCAUGGAAUCGUGCCAACCUCUAGCCAUUGUGCUUGUAUGAUUGAUCUCUAUGGUAGAGCUGGACUUUUGAAUGAGGCUCAAGAUUUUAUACUUAACAUGACAAUUGAGCCGGAUAUCAUAGCUUGGGGUUCGCUUCUAGCGUCGUGCAAAGCUCACAAGAAUUUGGAGGUUGCUGCAAUGGCCGCUGAGAGGAUGAUUUCAAUUGAUCCAGACAACAGUGGAGCCUAUUCAGCUUUAGCAAAUGUAUACUCUGCUUGUGGGAAAUGGGAAGAAGCAGCAAUAAUAAGAAAGUCGAUGAAAGAUAGGAAGGUGAAGAAAGAGCAAGGGAUUAGCUGGCUGCAGAUCAAAGGUGAAGUCCAUAUCUUUGGUGCAGACGACGCUCUACAUCCACAACGAGAUGCAAUUGAUAUUAGAUUGACAAAGAUUUGGGAAGAGAUCAAGAAGAUGGGAUAUGUUCCGGACACUGAUUCAGUCUUGCACGAUCUUGAUGAGGAGUUGAAGGAGCAGCUUCUCAAGCAUCACAGUGAGAAGCUCGCUAUCGUGUUUGGAGUGAUGAAUACGCCGGAGAAGAGUACUCUGACUAUCAUGAAGAACCUUAGGGUGUGCAACGACUGCCACUCUGCUAUCAAGUAUAUAUCAAAGUUGGUUGGGAGAGAGAUUAUUGUUAGGGAUGCUACACGCUUCCACCAUUUUAGGGCCGGGGCAUGUUCGUGCAGGGACUACUGGUGAAGCAUGUUGGCAUCAACUACGCCUCCAUCAUGCUCCCCGGCUUCUCCUCUUCAUGAUAGACCAAGACCUCAGAUUCCUCCAGUCGAGGCAGCACGUUCGCCUCAACUCUGCUAGGGCUCUUCCAUGCCACACCGUUGAGCUCAACUUCUCCUAGAACAAAGGUUGAUGGUUUUUUGUCAGGUUUAAACUAUAGUCCAACUAGCAUCAUGCUCAUGAAUGUGCCGAGCAUUUCGAAGCUGCAAUGGCACCCAUUUACUAUAAGUUCAAGAAGCAGUUUGGAGAGUGAUAAUGUAACGAUCAUCAAGGUGUAGGAAAAUGGACUACUAAACUCAUUGACUUGGUUGAUCACCUACUCCGCCCGAUCACCUCGAUGUUUCCAUUGAAGGGAUUUAUGGACAUGCCUCAACUGAUUUGCUAAGGUGAACGAUCAGGGAUGUCGGGAACAGAAGCUGUUAUAUUCUAGGAAUAUCAAUCAAGACUUGAUGUGUUUUUCUUAGAUUUCAUUGUUAUGUGUAGAAUAGUUUGUUACAUGAUAGCAUUGCAUGCAUCUCCCCUGAUUGAAGGAUUAUGUAUAACCUCUCCACAUUGUGCAUGAUUUUCACUUUGUUUUGAUAUUAAUUUACAAUUUUCAUAU